UGAUGAUGAAGAUGCAAGAGUUGUGCUAGCUAGACAGUAUGGAUCACUAUGCCGCACUUACAAUAACAUUUUGAGCAAAGCAGCAGCAAACAAAGAGGCAUAUGCACUAUUGCAAAGUAUGUCAAUUGAACUAAUGGAAAAGGUGGACCAAAUUUUACAUGGAAAUCAAUCAAAAGAUGAAUCACUAAAUCAUGAACAAGCAAAGAAGCAACCAGUUGGAUGCAACAUUGAGAAUGUAGUCCAAGCACAGGGAAUAAAGAGAAAAGAACCAGGAAGUAGCAACAAGAGGAUUAAAUCUGGACUGGAAUUGAACAAUAAGAAUAAACGUAAUACGAAAGGUCAAGGAGCAACAUGCAAGAACAAGAGUGGUGAUUGUGCUUCUGCAUCAUCUGAAGCAAAUCCUAGCUUCAACGUACCAAAUAAGAAUAAACGUAAUACGAAAGGUCAAGGAGCAACAUGCAAGAAUAAGAGUGGUGAUUGUGCUUCUGCAUCAUCUGCAGCAAAUCCUAGCUUCAACAUAUCAAAUGAGAACUAUAAUUUGCAAGUAAUGCAGCAUGCUAUGCAUCCACUACCAAAUGUUGCUAAUCACAAUUUGCAAGUAUUGCAACAUGCUAUGCCUCCAGUACCAAAUGUUGCGAAUUACAAUCUACAAGUAUUGCCGCGUGCUAUGCCUCCGUUACCACAAGUUGUUUCCCCAUUACCACGUGGACAUAAUUACAAUUUGCAUGUACUGCCGGGUAAUGUGACAUCGGUACCACAACCUGAGAACUACAAUUUGCAAGUUUUACGGCAUGGCUUGCCUCCGCUAUCGCAGGCAGACACUACUAGUUUUCAACAGUUGCUUGGUUUGCGACCACAAGAACCAUAUUUCUAUCAUAGCACUCAACCGAGCCAGACUUCUCUGGUGUCAUCAUACUCGGGAUGGCCAACGUCUCAAAAUCACCAGCCACCAACUAGCACUCAACCAAGUCAGAGUUCCCAAAUGUUCUCGGACUCGGGAUGGCCAACAUCUAAAAAAUGACCAGCUGCCAAUUAAGGUCUUGGGUAGCCAAUCAAGUCACAUACAAGAUAAACACUUCUAAAUAGCUCUAUAUAAAGUGUGUAUCUCAGGAUUGCUCUACAAAACAGUUACCCUGCAAUGUAAUAAUUUAUCGUACCAUUCCUUUUGAUGUUAGAUGCGCAAUGGUUUUAUGCUCAAAUAAAUUUAUAUACAUGAAUAUGGAUUAGUUGCUGGUUAUUCCUUUUGAUAUGUUAGCUGUGUAAUUGUGCUUUUGUUUUCCAAUUAAAUGUGGUCUUGGGCACUACAUUUACUCAAAAGGCGCUUUCACCAAUUUGUGAUUUCCACUGUACUGUGCUAUUGAAAAGCAGAGAAGCAGAGAAAAAUGGAUAGCUCUCAUACUUCCAAGUUCAGUAUGAUAGCUAGUUACCUACUACUCCAGUACAGAGCUAGAUGACUUAAUGAAUC